AAAGAAGUAUAUUAGUGCUAAUUUCUCUAUUCAUCCUGCCUUUUUUCUUUUUUCAGCCCCACAAGCUUCUGGCACAAUGAAGUGGGUAACCUUUAUUUGCCUUCUCUUUCUUUUCAGCUCUGCCUACUCCAGGGGUGUGUUCCGUCGAGAUGCACACAAAAGUGAGAUUGCUCACCGGUUUAAGGAUUUGGGAGAAGAAAACUUCAAAGGCCUUGUGCUGGUUGCCUUCUCUCAGAAUCUCCAGAAGACCCCCUUUGAUGACCAUGUGAAAUUAGCAAAAGAAGUAACUGACUUUGCAAAAACAUGUGUUGCUGAUGAGUCAGCUGAAAAUUGUGGCAAGUCCCUUCACAUCCUUUUCGCAGAGAAAUUGUGUGGGGUUGCAUCUCUUCGUGAAACCUAUGGCGAGUUGGCCGACUGCUGUAGCAAGCCAGAGGCUGAGAAGCAUGAGUGCUUCCUGAAGUACAAGGACGAUGAUCCAAGCCUGCCUGCGCUGGUGAGACCAGAGCCCGACGCGCUGUGUGCUUCCUUUCAGGAAAACACACAGAAGUUUUUGGGAACAUAUUUAUAUGAAAUUGCCAGAAGACAUCCUUACUUUUAUGCCCCAGAACUCCUUUACUAUGCUCAAGAGCAUAAAGCAGUUUUGACAGAAUGCUGCCAAGCUGCUGACAAAGCCGCCUGCCUGGGACCAAAGUUGGAUGAUUUGAGGAUCAAAAUACUGGCCUCAUCUGCCGGACAGAGACUGAAGUGCUCCAGUCUUGAAAAAUUCGGAGAGAGAGCUUUCAAAGCAUGGUCCAUAGCUCGCUUGAGCCAGAAAUUUCCCAAGGCGGAUUUUACGGAGGUUACCAAGCUGGUGAAUGAUCUUGCCAAAGUCCACAAGGAAUGCUGCACUGGGGACCUGCUUGAGUGUGCCGAUGACAGGGAGGAUAUUGCCAAGUAUAUGUGUGAGAAUAAAGAUUCAAUCUCCUCAAAAGUGAAGCAAUGCUGUGAUAAGCCUACAUUGGAAAAAUCCCACUGCCUUUCUGAGCUGGAAAAUGAUGACUUGCCCACUGACCUGACCCCACUAGCUGCUACUUUUGCUGAAGAUAAAGAUGUUUGCACUAACUACAAGGAGGCAAAAGAUCCCUUCCUGGGCUCGUUUUUGUAUGAAUAUUCAAGAAGACAUCCUGAAUAUUCUGUCUCAUUGUUACUGAGACUUGCCAAGCAAUACGAAACCACACUGGAAAAGUGCUGUGCCACCGCGGAUCCUCAUGCUUGCUAUUCCAAAGUGUUUGAUGAAUUUAAACCUCUUGUGGAAGAGCCAACACAGUUAGUCAAAAAGAAUUGUGAAGAGUUCGAAAAACUUGGAGAGUAUGGCUUCCAAAAUGAGCUCAUAAUUCGUUACACCAAGAGAGCACCCCAAGUAUCGACUCCAACUCUUGUGGAUAUCUCAAGAAAACUAGGAAAAGUGGGCACCAGGUGUUGUAAACUUCCUGAAGCACAAAGAAUGGGCUGUGCUGAAGACUUUCUGUCCGUGGUGCUGAACGGGUUGUGCGUGCGUCAUGAGAAGGCACCAGUGAGCGAAAGAGUUACCAAAUGCUGCACAGAAUCAUUGGUGAACAGACGGCCAUGCUUUUCUGCUCUGGAAUUGGAUGCAACCUUUGUUCCCAAAGAAUUUGUUGCUGAAACAUUCACCUUCCAUGCAGAUGUAUGCACACUUCCUGAGCACGAGCAACAAAUCAAGAAACAAACUGCACUUGUUGAGCUGUUGAAACACAAGCCUAAAGCCAGCGAGGAAAAACUGAAAACUGUUUUGGGGAAUUUCUCAGCUUUUGUACAGAAGUGUUGUGCAGCAGCUGACAAAGAGGCCUGCUUCUCUGAGGAGGGACCAAAACUUGUUGCUUCAAGUCAAGCUGAGUUGGCCUAAAGACCGAAAAACCCCAAGUACCUCAGCCUCCCCUGGAAGAAAGGGAGAUGAAGACCCAAAGCUUACUCAUCUGUUUUUCCUUCUGUUUGGUGUAAAACCAACAACCUAUCU